AUGCCCAGCAAGAUCGGUAAAACAAGACCCAACCAUGGAUCCAAUCAUGGACCCAAGCACUCUAGCUCACUUCAAUCAUUAAGCGACUACAUUGCUUCUGCUAGUUCAUCUGUAGAUAAUGAGCCCAAUUUGACAAAUAAUCUCAACCCUACUCACAAUUGCUCUACUAGUGUUGACACUAGAUUGUACCCAACUAUUGAUCCAAUAGCUGAUGAAGAAUUGGCCGCUAAAACUAAUAGUAUGAGCAUGAGUAACCAAGACAACAUUGAAUUGUUGGAUAAUGAGCUGACUAAUAACCUCAACAUACAAGACAUGUCAGUUGAUGAAAUUGUUGGUAAAACUUUUCUCAAACACAAUAAUGCUAAACUAGAUACAAACAGAACUCUUCUUGACACUGAUCAGAUUUUAGAAAUUGUAUCUGUUAUUGCUAGCCCACACAACCCUAUGACCUUAAAUUUCCAACAUGUUGUAAAAGCCACUCUCAGAAUACUCUCUGAUGACAUUAAAUACGAAAUCACCACAGAAAGAAAGGCUUUUAAAAACCAUAAAGACAGAAAACAUGUUUGGGAGUUAUGGAAGGAAAGAAUGAAGAAUAUUAACAAACUAUUAUCUGAGAACAAGAAAAGUAGUAAUGUCCAACAAGACAAUGAAGAAUUCAACAUCAAUGACAUAGCAGUGAAGGAAAUCACUCCUCCCAGAUAUAUUGCUGUUAGAUAUAGCAAAAUAUUUGAAGAGAAUGAGGUAAUUGAAUUAAUUAAGGACAAACUUAGUGGCAAAUAUGUCACCAUCAAUCCGAUUAUUAAGCUCAAUAAUACCAUAAUUGUCACUAUUGAAGAUUGCGCUCAAGUAGAACAGGCAGUUGAAACAUUACGUACAAAAUUUAAAGAAGUCAAUAUCACUUCAUCAUGUGAAAACGACACCAACAAAAUUAUACGUGUCCAUAAUAUUCCAAUAGGAGAACUAUGGAAAACUACAGUCAAGGCAGAUUGGAGGAAUGCUAUUGAAAGCGAUACUGGUGAACCCAUUGUUGAAAUUGCUACAGCUAGAAUUGGUAAAGAAAUGGCAGCAGUGAUCACUGUCAAAAGUAUGAAAGCCAGAAAUAAUCUAUGUAAGGCAAAAACAUAUGAUAUCACUAUUCCUAGAACAGAGGAAACAGUCACUAUGAAAAUCGACAUACCAUUCAACUAUGCAAUGGAUGUACAAUACUCUGACAUCAUUGGUAGAUGGCCUGAAAGAAAUGAUUUGAUUAGAGCUAGAAUACAAACGGAAUCCUCUCUUGCCAGAAAAUACAAUAAUGACCAACCUGUAUCCAUACUUAUCAUCAAUCAAGAGAAGAGAAUAUGUUUGAUUAGACUCAACAAUUUAUCUAAUGCCAUCAGAUUGGUAAACCAUGCUGCAUAUGGAAUGAAUGAAUGGACAUUGGAUUUUGCUCUCAAUUAUCCAAUGCUAGAAGAUUUCCUGGAAAAGAAACCUGAUACAGUUCACAAAAUUUCACAAAAUUUAGGCAGAUCUUCUAAAAUUGCAGCGAAAGACGUUUCCUUUACUCUUGAAAAAGUGCAACAAGAUCACCUAAAAGAAAUCAAGAGAAUUGAAGCUUCUAUGGAUAAAAGAAUUGCAGAACUUGAGGCAAGACAGAAUCAGAAAUUGGCUAUGGGAUUUAAGGAAAUGGCUAAUAUUAUCAGAGCAAAUAAUGAAGAAUUAAUGAUUACCAAUAGAAUUGCUACUCUAACAUUUCUGUCUGGUUGUACAAAAGAUAAUACCAAGAGGAAGAUAUAUCAAGAGGAAAUUGAUGAGUGUCACAAAAAGCUAAAACUACUUGAUUCACUUCAAGCAGAACCAUUAUCAGCCCUAAGAGGCUACCUCAACUCAAUCACUCCUGAUAUAAUCAUGCUCCAGGAAGUUAAAAGCGUCUACAUUGGUCCAGAUUUUCCCUCUAUAUAUUAUUCUUCAUUUACAUAUUAUCACAAUCCAAGAGAUUCCUGUGGUGUAUCUAUUUGCCUCAACAAAAGCACUUUCAAAGAUAUUGAAGAAAUCAUCUUAGAUCCGAUCAUUAAGAAUAACGCGCGAAUUAUUGGCGUGAAAUGUAAAAUCAAUUCAAUUAAUACUCUAGUAAUUUCUGCGUACUUUCCAAAUCAACCAGCUGACAGAUGUGAAUUCACAUAUAUUCUUGACAACCUAAUUGAAAAAUAUCCUAACUACAAAAUCAUUAUUGGAGGUGAUUACAAUGCGAUUUUAUCCGAGAAUCACUCCUCAAACGAAUCUAGAAGAACUGAUCAAAACAUACUAGAUCUUAUUAACAAGAGAAAUCUUAAUUACUACCCUUUCCCUCAUUUAUCAUGGCACCUUCAUUAUACUAUUAACAAACAAUCCAAGUCUAUAAUAGAUUACAUAUCCACAGAUUUUCCAAUUGCAUCUGGAGAAGUACUGAAUGCCAACUUCAUAUCAGAUCACAAAAUGGUUAAAAUUCUACUUGACCUCUCAUGUCAACGAACACCUUUGUUAAUUCGGAAGAAGCGCGACAAAUUUGUGGAGGUCAAUCCACCUAAACUUGAUCCUAAAAUCUACAAAUAUAAUAAGCAAUAUAAGAAGCUCAUGUUAAUACUUGAUAGAAAUGAGCACGGAUAUCCUUGUGACAAACUUUUGACCACUAUUGGUAAAACUUUAGAACAGGUUCCAAAAUGUCUUGCAAGUGUCAAAGAGAAAAUCAAGAACCAUAUCAAAUGGAGCCAUGAUAAGGCUUUGAACAGAAAGAUGAAAUGGUGGGAACAAAACUAUGCAACCAACUCUAAACAUCUGAGAAAGAAAAUUUACAAAACGUCAUCACCACCAUACAAAUUAUCUAUCGAAGGAACUGAAAUUAGUGACCCCAAUGAAGUUGCCAAUGUGAUCAAGGACAAAUAUCAACAAAACCUCAACUUUAGAGGAAGAAAUCAUCAAAUUGACAUUACCAAGUUUUUCAAGUACAAACAUCCAUUAAUUGAUAAUUGCAAUGACAAAAUACUCGGUAGAAUUACCACGGAAGAGAAAGAAUGGAUAAUUCAGAAUUUGAAAUCCACAGCACCCAAUGAACUAGGUUUAAGACAAAAAACUAUCAAAUACAUGUGUAAGGAAUUACAGGAGGAAAUUUUUCAAAUUAUUGAAAAUAUCAUUACAACUGGAUUUACUCCUGAAUCUAUGCAAAGUGUCAGCAUUCUCCCAAUUCACAAAAAGAAUAAGGACCACUCAAACCCUGCUAACUAUAGACCUAUUGCCCUUAUGGACUCAGGACUUAAAAUAGCUACUAAAUUAAUCACCAAAAGAUUGAAGGAAGUGUUAAAGGGAAGAUUAUCAUUAGCUCAAUUUGGUGGUGAAGACGGCAGAGAAACUAUUCACAGAGUCCUUUCAAUUUACAAUAUGAUUGCUUGGGCAAAAAAGGACAAGAAACCUUUUUAUGGUUUGGCUGUUGACAUCAAAAAAGCUUAUGACUCAUUACCGAGAAUUAUGCUUCGUGAUGGACUGCUAUUCUUAGGGAUUGAUGAAAUUACUGCUGAUGGAAUUCUGGAAAUAUUAGGUGAAUCUACGACAAAGUUUGUUAUACCUAAUGGUAAAUCUGAAUGUUUCAAUGUGAAAGAUGGAUUGAAACAAGGCGACACCUUCUCUCCCCUUGCAUUCAAAAUUGCGCUUGAGCCUCUCUUACAAUUUUUAGAAAUAACAUAUAAUGGUGCUAGUGUUGCAAAUUAUUGGAACAUUAGUACAGGCGCAUGGAUUGAUGAUUUGAACUCAUUUUCCAACGAACUACCUGAAAUUGAAAAUUCUUUGCAUGACAUUGAAACCUAUCUUCAUGGCUAUCACAUGGAAUUAGAUCAUUCCAAAACUAACCUCUUCUCUGAUAAGGAAUGUAGUAUCAAGACAUUAUCUGGAAGUACGAUCAAAAGUAAUGAUUCUAUUAUUAUACUUGGUAAUAAUAUUACCAAUAAUACUGAGGAACAAAAGAAAUACACUACUUCAAUUAUUGAAGAAGUUAAAAGAAGAACAAACUCUAUUGGCUGGAAUUUUCCAAUACAGAACAUUGUCAAAAUUAUCAACACAGACAUUGUUCCGUAUGCACUGUACCACCUAAUUCCUCUUGCUAAUGACCAUCUAGAGAAACAAAUUGAUAAAUUCUUUCGCAACUUUAUAUGUGAAAGAUUAAGAACCAAGAGAAAAUUAGCUCUCGAGUGGUUUUAUACUCAUCAAGACAAAGGUGGACUUGGAUUAAUUUCUGUUCAAGAAAUGAGUUACUCGGACCUAAUGUGUAAAGUCAGAAAGUUCCUUGAACAAUAUGAUAUUUGUCUUGGAUCUUCUACAAGAUUCCUUUGUGAACGAAUCAAACAGGAGCAUGGUUUUGACAUCCUCAAUGAUCCAAUCCCUACUUGGUAUAAACCAGACCCAUGGAUUCCUCAAUAUCUCAAGAGAAUAAUUUUCAUGAACAAAUCUUCCAAUAUUAGAUUGUGGCAUUCGAGUGACCAAUGGCAUGAAAAAACUCUCAUCCCUUAUGGAAAAAUCCCUAAAGGUUUAAGACAAUUCCUGCUCUAUAAAGAUUGGAACAGAUUAAGUAUGUGGGUUCCUGACCCUAAAAAUUUACAAGUGAAGUUACAUAAUGACAUCAAACAUUCCAAUCAUGUCACCCAAAUUCGCAACAUUCUCAAUAGCAUGGAUUUUGGAAAAAUCAAAGACGAAAGCAAAUACUACAAAUAUGUUGGUAACAACACAUCCAUGUCAAACCUCUUGAACAAAGCUACACUAAUUGGUACUGACGGAUCGUGUAACAAUAAUAUUGCUGGAUACGGUAUUGUAACUGAUCAGAAUGUUUCCAUCUCAAGUCACACCUUAGGACAAGGAACUUCCUACAACAGUGAAGUUCAAGCGCUCCACACAGUUGUUAGAUUGCUAGAUAACAACACUCCUCGAACAAUAGUCAUAGAUGCGAAAAGUAUUUAUGACCAACUUUUCCAAUUCAGAAAAUCUAGAGAUCCUUAUGUUGAAGAAAUUCGUAAUUAUUUAAAAAUGAAGGAUCAGAUCAAAAUUAUGCAUGUUAAUAGUCAUACAGGUAAACAAGAUAUCUAUAGCCGCAUAAAUGAAUUAGCAGAUAGGGCUGCUAAGAAAGGUGCUGAUUGUAACAAUAUUCUUACUAAUAUUCCAUCCAAUAAUUGGUAUAUUAUUAUCAACAAUGUAUUAUACACUCAAAACACUAGACAAACAAUGUACAAACUUCUAUUUCAACGCCUCCACAAAAGAACAUAUACGCCAAAGAACCUUCCUCCCAAGAACAGAAAGUUCACCAACAUUUACCCCUCAAUAGGAAUCGGUUUCAGAACCUUAAAUCUAAUAUUUAAAAUUAGAGUGAACGUGAUGAAGACUUUGGAAAAUUUAAACAAGAUAUCCAAGACGAACUUGCUAUGUCCUUGCUGUAGUAGAGAGACAAUGCAACACAUUAUUUUUGAAUGUAAAUACUAUAGUGAUAUAAGAAAAGAAAUGUUUAGGAAUUUAUAUAAUAUCUCAAUAUAUGCAAAGAAUAACAAGAAGUUCUCCAAACGAUUAUUGUACCUCAUCAAGACUAAACAAGAUAUCCAUAGCCUAACAGGUGCUAAAGUUGGAUUGGGUAAGAAAUGGGACAAAGUAUUUACUAAGGAAGCUUAUCGAUCUAUUACUAAAAUGUGGAUGAAACGAAAUCAUUUUUUCAUGGAAGAAUUGAAACUCACCUGGAAUGAAUUUGAACAACAAUACGAUUUUAAUCCCAAUUUCAUUGAUUUGAACAAGUUUAAACUAUACAUGAAAUACCCACGACCAUGA